AGAGGGAGGAAGAAGAGAGGAGGGAAGACGACCCUCUGACCGAGGAAAGGUGGAGGGUCCAGGGGGCGGGGCCGAGGAACCUUUCCGACGCCAGCGAGCCCUACGGGAGCGGCUCCGCCACGCGAUCUCAGCGCCGCCAGCACUUCACUCCGGCCCCGUUGCUCCCGAGCGUCCUUCUCCUCUCCUCGUUCUCCUCCCUUCAGCGCCACCAUUCCUCGACGUCGUCCCUCUCCCCGCCGUCGUUGUCUUCGUCGGCGCCGCCCUCGGUGGCAGGGGGUCUCGCCUCCACGCCCAGAAGUUGGGGGUUUCUGGUCGAGGUCGAGCAGACGUCUUUUCCUCUCACUUGGAGGGCCUCGGGCAUCGUGUCCGCGACGCCACCUCUCUGCCGGGGGAGUCCAGUCGUCUCUUCUCCGCCUCCUCCUUCGUCCUCGAGCUCCUGUGUCCUCGGAGGGACGCCGUUGGCUGCCGAGGACGCCGAGGGAGAGGUCCCGUCCGCGCCCAUAUCCCGCACGCUGGAACCUGAGCACUUCUUUUACAUGACGAACCCCCCCUCCUCGGCAGGACUCGCUAGCCACGAGAAAGGGCGUUUCGACGACGCAGGAGCAAGUGGGCCUGUGGUUCUAACAUCCUCCAAACAAGUCCUCGACAAAGCACGGGGAAGAGCAUCGCAGGAGGACCUCAGGGCAUCGCACUCCUCUCCAGACGCCAGCAUCCCAUACCCCAAGACGCGGUCGAGGGUGCCAUCGCUGGGCGGAGGGCACCACCAACGACCCAGCGAGCGAAAGAAGUCUCCUGACGUCGUCGGGGGGGUACCACCGUCUCACGCGUCGCUCACCACCUUUUCAGGAUUAGCCUUCCAAAAUCUGUCCUCUUCCUCCUUUCUCUUUCCCUCGAGUGUUGUUGUCCCAAAGACUGUUGUCAUUCCUUCCCACUUGAUUUCUCGAGGGGUCGGAUGGCGGCAGGCGGAAGGUGUGACCAGCGCAAGCAGGCCACGGCUACAUGAUGCAGUCUCACUCAUUGCCCCCUCGACCCCCAUCCUCAGGGAAUACCCCUUCAGCUCGGUCACCCAAACCCAUGGCUUAAUUCACAGGGCACUUGAAGGUUCAUCUCCUCUUGUGCCUCAGGUAAAGGGCAUGGAUUAUCCAAAAUCCAGGUGGUUCCCUUAUCGCGAGGAGAGGCUGGAUAAGGGCAGAGAGCAUUACGUGAAGUUGGCUGAAAGAGACAGCAGUCUGGAUCGGCUUGGACUUCGUGAUGUCUCGAGUCCCUAUAGUUCCUUUGAAGAUCUCACUGCAUUUAGAACUCAGGAAAUUAGUACUGGCACGAGUGAACUUUUCCAUGCAGGACAUGAGGUCCCUUGUCGAGGCUGUGCCACUCAGGAAUUCAGAGCAGGUGAUAUGACGACAAACCCCGUCACCAUAGUCCUUACCUCCUCACACCUCACAUUCCCAGAACCCCAAACCCGAGGAAUCCUCCACCUGGCAGAUCUCCCCGCUGAGGACAAUGUUACUUCCAACACUACCAGCUCUUUGGGGAGAAACAGCACCUCGGAAAUCCCCAUAACAGUACCUCCUCUAGACGUCCCUGAGCCCAGUACAAAAUUCUCCUCCAUUGGUCACGUAACAUCCUGCAUCAUUGAGACGAGGAUGAGUGUGCAUCGCCAUGAAAUACACACCCUGCAGCAGAUUUGGAGCAGCGCAUCGCCUGUGUGGUUCCCCGAGCCGCAGACCAUCAUGAGGCACCGGGCAGAGGAAGUGGCGUCUAAUGAGGACUUGGUUCAGGCUCUCACUCUCGAGAGUAGCCUCAGAAGCUAUCCAGAUGUCACAAUAUGGAGUCACGAAUUGAUCACGCCCAUGACAACAGUCUGAGCUCAAUGUGAUGAGGUUUUGUAUUUUUAUUUUAUUUUUAUUUUUACAAAU